ACAGAGGUGGUUAAAAUGCACGCCAAUAGACAUCGCUCACAGGCACGCAUCAUCGACUUUGGCGAUCGUUCGCAACCCAUUGUGGUCGACUACAGGGAUUCAAAGAAGUACUACAAGUGCAAACAGUAUGACGGGAAUCCCGGCUUGAAUUGGAUCGAGUUUUGUGUACAUCAUGAAGGUGCUCUUAAUUUUAGUGCAAAUCCGCAACAAUUAAUAGUGGAUGCGCUCUUUAGAGCUGUGGAAGGUGAGGAGCUCUUUCCCGUAAACUAUCAGAGUGGUCAUCAUGUGGACACCUUUCUGGCCAGGACCUGUAAAGCAGCGCUGGACAAGCUCUUCCAACGUCGCCUAAGCAUUAAGGUGUCCUCCGGCAGCGAACUCAACCUGUCCGUCUCCCUGAAUGCAGCUGCCUACAAUCGCAGUCAAAUUUCGCCACCUAUGAUCAUUUCACAGGUAAUCGAUCGUCUCAUGGACAGUCUGGAGACUUUUGAAGGUGUGCGAGGUGUGCUAAAUUUAAGCAACUUUACUGCCAAUCCUUAUUUCAAAAAUGUCAUUGUGCGUUUAUCCAAUUUGGCCACCUUGCAACUUGUGUGCACAACCAUUUACAACAACGACGAUCGUCGUCGUGCUCUUAACGGCUUUAAUUUGGCCCAGAAUCAAAUCAGUGACCUGGGUCCACUAAAACUCUUUGGUGAUGUUGACUAUGGAAUGCUGGAUCUCAGUGGAAAUCGACUUAGCUCUGCAGUGCGUCUUUGCACGGAUCUGCAGCGUGUUCGCGCUAAGCAACUGAAGCUGGCUGAUAAUCCUAUAACCAAAAAGUCACAGUAUCCCGACUGCUUGGAGCCCUUGAAAAAAAACUUUCAAAUUGUGGAUGGAAUUCCUUUCGACAAGCUGUACAAGACUUACACUCCACUAAACUAUGAGGUGGAUGUGGAGUGCGAUGGCACUAGGAUUGACUGGACUAAUAAGUCGACGCUAGCUCAGUUUAGGAACAGUCUGGACUGGCAUGCAUUCCUGAUUCCUGAUACGCAGCGCGAGUUUACUAAGGAUUUGAUCUUUGACUAUUUCUCCAUUUCGCUGGAUCCUGGCCAAAGCGAGUUUUAUCCCUGCUACUACAAGUUCGAUGGUGGUGAACAUCGUUUUCUUGUGCGCAGUUGCUUUGAUCAGAUCGAGCAUCUGGUGCAGAUGCAAAAUCUGCAAUUGAAAAUACCGCAGCUGGUGACAAGUGGCGAUGUGCAGGAGAUCAACUACGAUCGGACCAUUCCCUACUAUCUGCGCAUGAAUGUGAGCACCUUUAAGCAGGGUCACAUCGACCCCAAGCAAUGCAUCGAGCAGGCAGUGCAAAAGCGCUUCAAUGCCAUUAAUCGAGUGCUCAAUUUGGAGCAGUUCCAGCAGACAGAUGGCCUGGAGAAUGUGACUGUCCUUUUGAGCUCUCCCAAGGUGCUCAGCAGCAUUUUGAGGAUGUCCUCACGCAAGUUCGUGGGAAACUGCAUAGAUCUGCGUCUCGGCAAUAAUAAGAUUGUCAGUGCCAAUAAUUUACGCUCGCUAUCAUUGUUGAGCAGUCUUCAAGCUCUGGAUUUGGGUCAAAACUGGAUAAAUGACCUCUCGGAAAUAAGUUCACUUGGAGAUGUGCCGCUGAAAUCGUUGCGUCUUCAUGGAAAUCCCGUUUGCAGAAAGUAUAGUCUGCCCAGCGAGUAUAUCAAGGCGGUAAAGGCAAUAUUUCCAACUCUGCUCAAGCUAGAUGAUGUCGAUUUGAAUAGCAAACCAGGAUUGGCGCCCCAGAAAGAUUUCCUAUGCGAUACAGCUGCCUAUGAGCUAACAGGCGAACUAUUUCUGAAACCUUUUCUACGUGAAUUCGAGCAGUUGGAUCAACGCGUCAAUAUGAUGAAAUAUUAUACAGAUAAAUCCCUAUUUACGCUGACUUCCAGCUAUGACAUCAACCGUUGUAAUCGUCCAUCUAAUGAGCUCUUCAAGCGUAUCAAUAAGUACAAUUAUCAUAGCAGAAAUCUCUUAAAGAACUCGCUGGACACCUGCAGAGUAAAUGUUGGUGCUAAUGAUAUUAUAGCUGUGCUCAUGCAGCUGCCAGUUGUUACCCAUGAUUAUGUCUCGCUGCAGACGGAUGUGAUGCACUACAACGCCAAGUUGGCCAUUAUUAAUGUGACAGGAUUAAUGCGCGAUGAGCCUGAUCUUUUAAUGGCUUUCAGUAGACAAUUUGUGCUUAAAGUGGAAGCGGAAGGAUUGGGUGUUGGCAAGAGAGUGCGUCGUAUGAAGAUCAUUAAUGAGCGCUUCAACAUCAUGAAUCCCACAAAGAAACAGGAAAGGGAUGCCUUUAAGUUUUCCGAGUUGCCAAAUGAAGCUACAGUCAAGGAUGAGAAUGAAGAGGACUCUGUGGAUGUCAAGGAGCAUAAAUUGCUGCUAUUCCAGGAGAUAACUGGCCUGCGUCCCAGAUGGUGUACACGUAUUGUACAAGAGGAGGCCAAUUGGAAUUUUGAGCUCGCCUUGGAGCAGUUCCUACGCAUGGAGUCGGAUAAGGAAUUACCUAAUGACGCCUUUGCCUAAACAAACCAAAACACUUAUAUUUAUAUAUUGAUAGAUAUAGAAGCGCCUAUGACGCUAACACUUUUCAAGUGUCGAAUAAGCCAAAAUUUAUAAUUCCUGAUAAUUUCAAGUACCAAAGUAUCUCGAUCAACCAUUACGCAGAAAAUAAUCUGUGAUAAUUAUUGAAGUGCCUUCAAACAAAUUACAUAUAAUAUUGACAAUCUCUGUGAUUAAUAGCAUUUGUAAGGCUAGACUGAUAUGUCUGUCUGCCUUUCUCUCACGCCAUUGUUCACUUAUCAGCGCUAAAAUUAUAUUUAAUUAAUAUAUACUUAAUAUA